AUGUUACAUUUCACUCUCACUGAACGUGGUAAAAAUUAUAAAGAUCAUCAAUAUACUAAGAAACGAGAACAUAAAACUUGCAAUGAAUGGCGUUGUCGUGAUAGAAGUUGCACAAGUUCAAUAUCUUUAUGUUCUCAAGACCAAUUAAUUAUUCGUGAAAACACAAGUCAUACAUGUACAGCAAAUACAAAAAGAGUCAUUAUUGAUGAUGUUAUUGGUCGAAUGAAGAAGCGAGCACGGGAAGAAACAAUUCCAAUUCCAAAAAUUUAUUCUGAAGAAAUGAUUAAAGCUAGAGUUGAAAAUCCUGGUCUAGCUACAGGUACAAUAUUUCCAUCAUUCGAUAAAAUUGAUGCCAGUCUUUAUCGCCGUCGUGCACAAAAUUAUCCAAAAUUACCAAGAACUGUAGAAGAAAUUAAUUUAAUUGGAACAUGGAAAUUAGAUAAAAAUGGUGAUGAUUUUUUAUUAGUUGAUGAAAAAUAUGGUAGUGACCGUUUAAUGAUUUUUGGUUCAGAAUGGGGCAUUCGUUUUUUAUCAUCAUGUUCGCUUUGGCAUUCCGAUGGUACAUUUAGUGUUCGUCCAUUAUUAUUUGUUCAAUUGUACAUUAUAUUCGAUUUUUAUAACGGAUAUAUGAUUCCGUGUGCUUAUUGUUUAACAACGAAGAAAAAUGAAAUUGCAUAUACUAAAAUCGUAAAUUAUUUAAUUGCACUUGGACAAAAAUUUCAUGUUGUUAUGAAGCCACAACGUUUGACAUGUCAUUUUGAACACGUUACUAUAAAUUCAUUUAAUAACCCUAUGCGUGCAUUUAAGGGACGAAUGGAGAAAACUAUUUUAAGGGACGAAUUGAGAAAUCAAUUAGGAACGAAUCGAGGCUAA